CAAGAAGAGGAAGAGAAAGCUGAAGACGAAGGCUGCUUGUAAAAGGUGAAUCAGUAUUCUGCUGUUCUGUGGAGCCUCUUACUUCAACCAACUACUACUAUGUCAUCAGAUAGUGAUGUUUCUCUUUCUACUUAUGAUGAGUCCUCAGGAUCAAAACUUGCCCGAAAAGCUAAGGAGGCACCAUUUGUCCCAAUUGGAAUUGCAGGUUUUGCAGCUAUUGUUGCAUAUGGAUUAUACAAAUUGGAGAGCAGAGGGAUUACUAAAAUGUCUGUCCACCUGAUUCACAUGAGUGUGGGAGCUCAAGGCUUUGUAGUAGGAGCAAUGACUGUUGGUAUGUUGUAUUCCAUGUUUCAGGAAUACUGGGCCAAACCCAAACCUUAGGAAGAAAGAUGGUGUCUUCAUGCUGAUGAUGUUUUAUAGAGCUGGAUACCUCACAUUGAGGUUAUUUAUGUUAAAAAAAUCAUUUAGGGGUAUGUGGUUCUAAAAAGCAGCACAUGUCAGACACAAUCAUGAUGUUUUAAAGAUUGGAUUUUUUUUUUCAUGGAGAUUUUACUGUUUCCCAAGUAAUGCAAAGCC